GGCUGCUAGCAGCAUGACUAGAUCGACUGACUGAAGUGACCACCAGCCCACCCAGAGCGAGAGUAAAUGAAUAAAGUGAAGAGGUUCUCUGUAGCCAAAGUGGCUGCAGUUUUCAUCAGAUUCUCUAUGAGGUUAAAGAGCAGUGACAGUAGACCUUCAGCUCCACUGGGUUCACGGAUUCUGACCAGUCCUGAUGACAUCUUCAAGCACAACAUGUGGGAUCAUGUGCAAUGGACAGAGGAGGACAAGGAAAAUGCACGGCAGAAGGCGGAGGAAAAUUCCACUGUACGACUUCCUUUAAACGAACAAGGUAAAUUUGUUACAGCAGCUUGCCAGUACUGGGACAUGUUUUAUGAGAUUCACCAGGACAAGUUCUUCAAAGAUCGCAGGUGGCUGUUUUUAGAAUUCCCAGAGCUGCUGCCUUCAGGUGAAAGAGGCCAGAGCACAAACACGUGUCACAGUCAUCAGCAAGCAGCCAUUCAACUAUGUAGUGCAUCCAGAUUGGACACCGAAACUGGAAAACAUCAACGGUGCAAUCCCAUUGACCAUCACAGGAAUACAGACACCUUUAACUUUCAGGAGUCCUGUCAACAAGCUGCACGAGGAACGAAUGAAGCUGCUGUGGAUGAUUCUGCUUUUCCUGGACAACGUGCAUCCUUCAGGAUCCUGGAGGUUGGAUGUGGAGUUGGUAACAGUGUGUUUCCUAUUGUAAAUAACAUCAAAGAAACAGACUCAUUUUUAUACUGUUGUGACUUCUCGCCACGUGCCAUUCAGCUGGUUAAGAACCACCCAGACUAUGACGACUCGGUGUGCCACGCCUUCGUCCAUGACAUUUGUGACAAAAUGGCCACCUUCCCAUUUCCUCCUCAGAGCCUGGAUGUUAUUCUGGCAGUAUUUGUGCUCUCUUCCAUUCAUCCAGAGCGCUUGCAAGACGUUGUGAACCAUCUGUCUGCAUACCUGAAACAUGGUGGUGUGCUCCUUUUCCGUGAUUAUGGGAGAUACGACUUCUCACAACUCCGUUUUAAAAAAGGACGAUGUCUAUCAGAAAAUUUCUACACACGCGGAGAUGGAACCUGUGUUUAUUUUUUCACAAAAGAGGAGGUUCAUGAUUUGUUUUCCAAAGCUGGACUGGAAGAAAUUCAGAAUCUAGAGGAUAGACGACUGCAAGUGAACCGAGGAAAGAAAGUAGUAAUGCGCCGGGUGUGGAUGCAGAGCAAGUACAGAAAACCAUAUCCACCUUCAACCUCUUAGCAUCCCACUAUGCACAGAUCUAACUAGAAUUGUGUAUUUUUCAUACUUUUAUACUUAAACUGGUUUAUUUGGGCCUAGUAAUAACUUUUUUUUGGAGGCAGCUGGGGGUAAAAUAUAUAAAACUCAAUAAAAACCAGUAAACAGGUGUUUGGUGUUUUCUACUUUGUUUCUCAUUAUAUUCAUAUUUAGAUACUGACACAAUGUUGUUAAGUCCAGGUGGGCUCGGGUACAUGAACCAUGCACUAGAUGUUUUAAGGCCACUGUAAGAAUGAUUGACAGGAGAUUACGUUCCAUUAUUCAGUAAGGCACAUAAGCCACUUCAAGCCACUUUUUGUAAGAGAGCAGCAAAUUAGCGGUUGCAUUGAUGUGUUGCCUGAAUAUAUGCUUAGCUGUGUUUAUUGAUGCUGAUUUAUCUGCAGAUAAGCUGCAAAACUGAUUCGACCUCACUGCCAUAAAGAACAUUUCAGGAAGUCAUUCCCACUGUUCUAAGACAUACAUUGAGCAAAUUAGAACUAGUGAAUCUUCUCGGACAAGAGAUUUAACAUCUUCAAGAAUUUUAAAGGAGUCCAGUCGCUUUCUUUCCAAUCGCCUUGGAUUCCCAUGACCUGGAUGACUACACGGAUAUUCCUGUUAUUCUUUAUGAAAUUGUACAACAGCUCUUGUUUUUGUGACCGGAGAACACAUCCGACACACACCAGGACACAUGAUUACAUGCAUAUUUCUGUUCCAAACCUCCUUGCUGCUGUUUCUUAAGUGUACAGUGCACAUGUUAUUUGUUAUGUCAUUUCCACCACUGUUUGCUACAAUUUGCUUUUGCAUGAUCUCAGUCUUUUAUCUUUUUUCUUUACAUUAACUUAAUUAUCCAAUUUCAAAUUUUUUGCACUGCUUUACAUAUUAAAGCCUUCAGUAU